GACUGCGGGGACGGGCCUUUAUUAUAAAUCCAAAUUGCCAGCUUCCACACCACAACCACAUCACGUUCGAAUAGUCUUUGUGCACGAUACCACAGGUUCACGAUGUCCGACAAGUCAAAUCUCCUCAUGUUCGGUGCCACUGGCACCAUUGGCAAGUAUAUCAUCGAAGCGAUUGUCAACGCCCGAGAUUCCUUCGGUCGCAUCGCUAUCUUCACUAGCCCCAACACCGUCAGUAGCAAGGCCGACGAGCUCAAUGCCCUGCGUCAGAAGGGAGUCGACAUCUUGAUUGGUGAUGUUGGCAAUCGUGAGGAUGUGCUCAAGGCAUACGCAGGGGUGGACACCGUCAUCUCCGCGCUCGGUCGCGGAGCCAUCGCAGCUCAAAUUCCUCUGAUCCAACUGGCCAACGAAACUCCCAAUAUCAGGCGCUUCCUGCCAUCUGAAUAUGGCACGGAUAUCGAAUACAGCCCUGCCUCUCAGCACGAGAAGCCGCACCAACAAAAACUGAAAGUCCGCGCAGCUCUUAGAGAGGUCCGCAGCACCCUGGAGUACGCCUACGUGGUGACUGGGCCCUAUGCCGAUUUCCCGUUUUUCUUGGGUCGGUCCAGCAAUUCCAAGGCAGGCAGUUUCGAUGUGUUGGCUAAGAAGGCUGUCAUCGUGGGAGAUGAGCAUGGCAAAAUUAGCGUCACGGCACGUACAGACGUUGGUAAGUUUGUUGUGCAUGCCCUCACCCAUUGGGAGGCCGCUCGCAACCGCGCACUCAAAGUCAACUCAUUCACCACCACGCCGGCCGACGCCUUGUCCGAGUUUGAACGUCAGACCGGUACCAAGUGGAGCGUCGAGUAUACCUCACUAGAUGAGCUGCGGGCUUUGGAGAAAGAGGCGUGGGAGAAGGAGGACCCCGUAGCUACGGUCUACACACUUCGGCGCAUCUGGGCGGAGGGGGGCACACUCUAUGAGCGCCGGGAUAACGAAGAUAUUGGCGUGACGGAGACGAGAGACCUGCAAGAGUUGGUGACUGACUCUAUCCGGGCACAAAUCGAGGGGGUCCCAGCCAAGCAUUGAGUUAUGGCCAGAUAUAUGCUUUCCAUAGGAUGUAUUGUUCGUAUCCCACCUGCUC